GGGACGCCACAUACACGUCACGUUGCUCAUGACGGUCAUUCGACUCAGGAAGCGCGUGGAGAGCAGGGUGAAUGUCAAAACAGAGACAAACGAAACUAACUAUCCGAGCUGUUAUAGAAACGCAAGUUUUUAUUCUCAUAUUUUAUUUUAUUAUAUCCAAAUUAACGUUAGUGGGUGUCAACGGCACAGGCAUUCAAAAGCGGAAGAAGCAGAGAUAAACAUCAUAAUCUGGUUCACUCUCUACACUAGGCUGACAGCAUGUCGCUCACAUUACAGCGGAUUCCUGCUUUCUCCUCGUCGUUAUUCUGUCGGUGUAGCUCGAAAUUUCUGGACCGACUCUGCAGUCGCAUGAUUUCCAAGAAAAUGAGAGUAUCUGAUGCGCUUGCAUGCAAAGAGACGGGCUCAGAUGUUAGAAUACAGGGCUGGGUUCGAUCGGUCAGGCCACAGAAAGACAAUCUCUUCUUACAUUUGAAUGAUGGAAGUUCACUGCAACCACUACAGGUUGUUGCCAGCUCACAACUGAACACCAGAGACCUCACGUUUGGCUGUGCUGUCGACAUUACCGGCACAUUAGAGAAGAGCCCAAAUAAGAGGCAAAACGUGGAGUUACAGGCUCAGAGUAUUAAAGUGGUUGGAGAAUGUAAUCCGAUGGACUUUCCUUUUAAGAUCAAGGAGCGUCAUCCUCUGGAGUAUAUCAGGCAGUUUCCUCACCUCAGAUGCAGAACUAAUGCCUUCAGCUCCAUGCUCAGGAUACGCAGUGAAGCUACAGCCGCAAUCCAGUCAUUCUUCAGGGAUCACGGUUAUGUGCAGAUUCACACACCAGUCAUCACCUCGAAUGACUGUGAGGGAGCUGGAGAGCUUUUCCAGGUCGAGCCUACAGGGGAUAAAAAGGACUCAGAUGACCCACAUUUCUUCUCUGUGCCAGCUUAUCUAACAGUCUCAGGACAGCUGCAUCUGGAGGUGAUGGCAGGGAUGUUUUACUGGAAUUUGAUACCGCAUGGCGAACGGAAAGACAUGCAUGAUCCUUUAAGUGCCUUUUCAGCUGUGUACACAUUUGGACCCACGUUCAGAGCAGAGAAUUCUCAAAGCAGGAGGCACUUGGCUGAGUUUUAUAUGGUAGAGGCAGAGAUCGCUUUCACAGAGUCACUAGAUGACCUUAUGAAGGUAAUGGAGGACUUAUUCAAGGCUGCCACAGAGCAUGUGUUUUCAAAUUGCACAGAGGAUGUGGAGUUAUUUCACAAACAUGUGGCACCAGGACAUCGGGAGCAAGUGGAUCCCAUGUUGAACAGAAAAUUUAAUGUCAUUUCUUACACCGAGGCGAUAGACAUUCUCAAGAGCAGCUCACAGAACUUCACAUUCAGCCCUGAGUGGGGCUGUGAUCUUCAGACUGAACAUGAGAAGUUCCUUGUUAAGCACUGCGGAAACACCCCUGUGUUUGUUGUAAACUAUCCCUACGAGUUAAAGCCAUUCUAUGCCAGAGAUAACCAGGACCACCCCAGACAUACAGCAGCUGCUGUAGACCUCUUGGUUCCUGGUGUCGGGGAGCUUUGUGGUGGAUCUCUGAGAGAAGAGAGACUACAUCUUUUAACCCAAAGACUAUCACAGGCUGGAUUGGAGGACACAUAUGCAUGGUAUCUACAGCUGAGAGAAUUUGGCUCCGUACCUCAUGGUGGUUUUGGGAUGGGGUUUGAGAGGUACCUGCAAUGCAUUCUGGGACUCAACAAUAUCAAAGAUGCGAUUCCAUUUGCAAGGUUCUCGCACUCCUGCCAGCUUUGAUGAAGUCUUAUAAAAUGAAAACAAUGACUGAAUGUGCUUUGUUAUUUUUUAUUUCUGAUGGAUGACAUUUUGAAGCUUGUUUUACAUUUCAAACGUGUUCUUUUUCUGAUCGACAUUUCAGGUCUUUAAGGCCGAAUCCCAAUACCAGUUUAGAGCCUGAAAUCCUCCCCUUGGUCCUUUAUAAAAAAAAAAA